AUGUUGUAUAAUCAUUUAUGUGAUGAUCAUGUUGGUAGAAAAUCAAACAGAAAUCUGAAUCUAAAUUGUGCUUGGGAUGGUUGUCAAGUUCAAACUGUUAAAAGAGAUCAUAUCACAUCUCACAUUAGAGUUCAUAUCCCAUUAAAACCAUUUGUUUGUACAACUUGUACCAAGAAAUUCAAAAGACCUCAAGAUUUGAAAAAGCAUGUCAAGACACAUGCUGAU